CGCGUUUACUUUUAAAGCCAAAGUGUUCCAAUAAUAUUCCGUGUCAUCGCUUCUCAUCACAGAAACUCGAGCUGGGAAUUGACCAGGAAUCCACACAGAAAACACGAACGAGACACGACCACAGGCAGGGACGACCUAUACCCCCACCCCCUCUUAACUAGCGCCUGCUCACAUACGCCCAUUCGCCGAAAAUGGGCGAGGUUACCACGCCCCUUCUGAGCCGUCGCACCUACAUCGUCGGUUACUCAGGUUACAUUCCCGGGCUGAUGUUCCGCUACGGACAGACUUUUGGCCGCGCUGCCGAGGAGAGCAUAACCCAGUACAUAAAGCUGCAGGCGGAGAGAAAGGCCAGAGAAGAGGUGAAGAGAUCCAGAUCGCUGCCGAGGAUUAAAGAAAAGAGAUCUGAUUCUCAGGUCAUACAGGACUUCUACAACAAAUAUGGUCUGGACGGCCGGAGUAACCCCAACUACCCUCCGCUUCCGGGCUACACAGGCUACAUACCCAAGAUGAAGCCGACCGACCUGGGCAUCGGCAGAACGUUCAGCGCGGCGGCUCGGCGCGGCCUGGCGCAGGUGUCGAUCGAGAGGGAGAGCCGCGAGGUCCUCCACGCCGGCCUGCACGUGGCUCUGCCCAGCACGCGGCCUACGACCACGCCUUCCUAGUCGACGUCGCGACGGGGGGCCAC